AUUAAACUCAACCACCUCGCCAUCUUCGUGUUUAUGAUUUUGAUAACUGCAUAAAUUGUUCGCACAAAAUAUGUUGACAUUAGUUUACGUUAUUUUUGGGAUAGUUCUUGCUAUUGGCCGGUGCGAGGAACAAUUUUGUUCGGCAGAUAGCGUGGAAUCAUGUGAAAAAGAUGACGUUGAUGAUCAGAGAUCAUCGGUUUAUUCGAAAGCUACAAAUGAAAGAUAUCAAAAGUAUUUCGCAGCAAUUGAAGAAGCAGAAAGGAACUAUAAAGAAUGUAACACAAGAUUUAAAUGCUUUAGAGAUGUCAUUAUUCGAGAUUUGAAGCCUUUCAAAAAGGAAGGCAUAAGCAAAGGAAUGAUAGAUGAUGUUAAAAAUAGAGGCACACAUUAUCAAGUAAUCGAAGGCAAAUUAUACAGAGAAAAAGACUGCAUGUUUCCUGCUAGAUGCGCCGGUAUUGAGCAUUUUCUGCUAAAAGUGAUUGGCAAUCUGUCGGAUAUGGAUUUAGUGAUAAAUACCAGAGACUAUCCUCAUUCUAGUGAAUAUUUUGGAAAUGCCAUGCCCCUGUUCUCAUUUAGCAAGACACCGCAAUAUCAUGAUAUUAUGUAUCCAGCAUGGACAUUUUGGGAAGGUGGUCCAGCUAUCUCGUUGUAUCCCCGUGGUUUGGGCAGGUGGGAUCAGCAUCGUAAAUCUUUGAAUACCGCGAGCUCUGCAACACCUUGGGAAAAGAAAGAGAACAAAGGGUUCUUCCGAGGAUCGAGAACGAGCUCUGAACGCGACAAUUUAAUCUUGUUGAGUCGCGAUAAGCCUUACUUAGUAGAUGCUCAGUAUACUAAGAAUCAAGGCUGGAAGUCUGACGAGGAUACUUUGUACGCACCGCCAGCAGCGGAAGUACCUUUGGAAUCGCACUGUACAUACAAGUACUUGUUUAACUUCCGAGGUGUGGCGGCCUCGUUUCGGCACAAACACCUGUUCCUCUGUCGCUCAUUGGUCCUCCAUGUCGGCGACGAGUGGACCGAGUUUUACUAUGACGCGAUGAAACCGUGGAUCCACUAUAUACCUGUUUCUAAAGACGCAAAUAAAAAGGAGUUGCAGGAAUUGAUCGAAUUUGUGAGAGAUAACGACGAUCUAUCGAGGAAGAUCGCGCACCGCGGAAGGGAUUUUAUAUGGAACAACUUACGAAUGUCAGAUGUUAGAUAUUUUUGGAAACGGCUCCUGAAGAGUUACGGUAAACUUUUGACAUAUAAACCAGUAUUAGAAAAGAAUCUCAUGAAAAUUGAAAAGAGAUAAUAAAUGUAAUAUACCAUUAUUUUAUAAUUA